CGAAAAUGACGAAGGCUAGGGAAUCAGAAGAAAGAUGAGCGGGACGAGGUACGAGAGCGGUAUGUAGACGAUUUUAGAAACAGAACGUCCACGUCGUCGCGACGCCCUGAAAGCAGUAGUCGUGUACCUUAGGCAGCCUCCACCUUGCCGACUCGCGCGACAGCCGAUUGGACCAGAGUUUUUUGCUCAUUCAACACCAGCGGACAACAUCAGUUCAAAAUUUUCCAUCCAAUCAUGUCAGUGGUGCAUUGAUCUGUACAAAUUUCGAGACUACGAUGUCAAAGUGGGCCCCAAGUCAAAGGCAAAAUGUAAUUACAGCUCAAUAAUUCAACUCAUAGUCUCUAAAUAUCGGAAGUAAUAUAUUUCCUUCAAAAUCUGUGAGAGAUUCGACUAAAGUGAUUUUUAAUGAAAAGUCCAAGUGAAAUUAGUGACCAUUCCCAAGUACAAUUUCGAGAUUACACAGCAUCAGGUACGAAAAAAAUCUCUAAAUCUUCAGAGAUAAAUAUCUCCCCCGUUUCCAAAGUUUACCCGCUCAACUAUUUGGCUACGGAAAUCUCUCGGAUGAUCGGAUCGGUGCCCGAUACCAAAAUAGAAGAUCGAGGAAUCGCCCAACCUACACCGCCUCCUUAACUCAACUGUUCAACGUAUUGUGGAAAAGUCAAAUAUCUCAUUCUCCAGUGACUAGUGACAACUGUAACUUUCCCAUCCCACGAAGUGAUUGAGUUUGGAAUAUCAAUUAAUUGGAUCACCUCGACCCGAGUGUCAUCGAAUCACCGCGAGUAGUGGGCAGACGGCAUCAUAUGAAUGUGUGAGACGUCCCGAUUAGUCUGGCAUGUUGGUUGUGAUGGUGGCAAUUUACUAAUUAGUGAUAUACCGUGGUUAAAUUAUAAGCGCGAAAGUGGUGCGCGUCGCGAAGAAAGAGUGGGACGCCGUAAUGGCGGAGCGUCCCGGCGGUAUAACCGCAAAGAGGCGGUCGCGUCGUGAUAGCAGCGAACAUGCGGACCCCCAUCACGGUACAUCGUCCUCGAAGGAGCGGAGGACGAAGAAGUCGAGCAAGCCGAUGAAGGAGAGAUGGUUGUUAACUCGAAAAACAUGGCGUUACAUGGCGGACGCGGGAAGGCGAUUGAUACCCGACGGGGCGCACAAUCGGCCAGAAGAUAUUCCAAAAAUUGAACAGUAUUUUCAGGAAGUCUGUCAAAAGGAGCCCAAGUUUUUGCUCUGGAGGAAGGGAUCGUAUCCCGGAAGUUUGGGUUUCCGGACACAUCGGCAUCGUAGACUCCACAAAGGCGGAAGUUGUCGGACUAAAGCAAGUUCAGCGGAUGAGGCCGAUGAUUUCCGCAGGUCCAGUCAGAUUUUCACGUUCCAGCCGAUGUCAGGUGGUCGUUUUGACGUGGUGAAGACCAAAAGAGAUUGGUUGUUGUCAGGUGGUAGCACACCGACGACUCCUGUGGCUCGACGACGAGCUUACCAAGAGAAUGCUGAGGCCAAGAUACUGGCGGAUAUGUUGCAGAAAUAUUUGAAUUUGCAGGGAGAGUCCUCCGGAGCUGCUGGAGGAGCAGAGGAAAAGAACAGCAGACCUGAAGUGUCGUCCGCCACUACUGACCUGCCUUUCGAUUAUGAAAGUCUCAUCAACAAACUCCAGCAGCACCUCAACAUGAUAAUGUUGGAAAGCAGAAGUAAUGAAGCUCCGGAGAAGUGUCCAGGAUCCUCAAGCUUUCAUGACACUCAGCCACCCUCAGCGAUACCUUAUCGUGGGGACUAUGUCCACAAAUCACUGAUUGAUACCUUGAAUCGACAUUACGCCAAAUCUCCAAAUCGUGAACACGUGAUUUCCGGUAUUUUAACUGAUAGAAAGUUACUGGAGAAAUUGUAUUUUGAUCUGCGAUGCACGAGAGGAUUCAGAGGUCCCAGGGCGACGGGAGUAUACACUUCACCCCCUCGAUGGUGGGGGAAUCCCCGGACUAGAGUUCAGAAAGAAUCCGACGAUUAUUGGACGUCUGACAAGAGGGACUUUGCAUCACCUCCUCCGUUAAUCGCAGUCCAAGGCCCAAGUACUGAUCGAGGGUCAGCUGACGCGUGCAUUCAGACGGAUCCGGUUACGAAGGAAGUCCUGGACGAAUUGAAGGAAAUUUAUGCUGAAAGAGAAAGGGAGGAGGUCAGUCUGUGUCCGAGGGACAGUGGCAAGAACUCCAGGAGGCGGAGCAGUGUAGAAAAUGAUGAUGUAUCGCCGUCUGUCAGUGAUACGAUCAAGAGGUACCUAAGAAUGGCGAGGAAAAAGUCAUCAGAUGUCGAUAAAACAGAUCGAUUCAAGAGGGUGAAUUACGAUAGAAAUUUGAGGAACAUCAAGGCCAAAGGGGAGAUCACAAAGCCUGGAGAUGAUGAGGACAACAGCAAGGGAUCUCAAACCGAGACUUCUUGGAUAGUGGCGUACAAAGAUUGUGUGUUAUUGUCUUCGGAAACUGGUGAAAAUUUAUCAGAUGGAGAUACGACAACUUCACCUGUCAGCAGAAAUGCCAGCUCGAGGAGCAGCAUGGAUGCUGGUCUUGGCUCGGAGGAACCCAGCACACCCAAAUACCACCAAUCUUUCUUAUCCCAUCUCCUUCAUGGUUCCAAUACACAUAAGGAUAAACCUCACUCUGCACCAGGUUCACCUGCUCUUACUUCUCCCACUUCCACAGGUGGCGCAGCGAUGCAGAAGAGUAAGUCAUCAAGCAGUGUUGUCCAUCAUGGUAGUCGACUUGUAGCGAAGAAAAUUUGGAGAUCGAGGAGUAAAAGCACGUCGAGGUCUAUCAAUCAGCCGUCUACGUGGACGCCUCAGGGAAAAUGCACAUGGGCAGGAACUAACGGACGUCGAGUGACCCUUCAAGAUAUACCGCUCCGGGCCCUUUCAGAAGUCGAGAGGAAAGUGCUGUGCAGAGUUGCCGUCGCGAAACUACAAGCUUUGAAUCUCGGUGUUCAUAUCAGGCCGCCCAAUGAGUCCCUCGGGACUGGAUCCAUUUCCAAUAAGCCGAAGAGACGAGCUUAUUUAUUGAAACGGAAAGCACUUACAACUGGGUUUUUUGAUAACAAAAGCAAAGACGACAAGGACAAGGACUCCACUGGUGGCCUCGUUUUCGGGAUUCCAAUAUCACAAUGCCUCGAGAAUGACCGGCUGGCAAGGAUUGCAUCUGGUGAAGUCGUUGACAUUGGCUGCUUAUCUAGGAGUAGCAGACACGGUAGUCGUGCGAGUUUUACUAGUCUCAUUGAAACGCCCACCGCAGCCUCCAAAACUGACGAGGAUGGCUCUUCUGAAUCUUUGUCACUGAAGGGCAGUGCGUUGACUGGUAGCGAUUCAGGUGUUCUCGAAUUGAGUGACAGCGGAGGAAGUGGCCCUCCAGGGGAGUGGGACGCAGUACCUAGUAUUGUUCGUCAAUGUAUUAAACAUCUUGAAGCGACAGGUCUGAGAACUCUGGGUAUAUUCCGGGUGUCACCAUCGAAAAAGAGGGUUAGACAGCUAAGAGAAGAUUUCGAUUGUGGAAGAGAAAUUAAGAUCAGCGCUGAUCAGUGUCCCCAUGAUGUAGCAACACUGUUGAAAGAGUAUUUUCGAGAUCUACCAGAUCCUUUGCUCUGCAGAGACCUGUAUCAGGCCUUUGUUCACACGCAGAAAAUUCGAAAUAGACGUCUGCAGCAGGAGGCUCUGCAACAUCUCAUUCAACUUCUUCCCAUCGCCAACCGUGAAACCCUCUUUGCCCUUCUGAACUUUUUAACGGAAGUUGCUGCAAAUAGUGAGGAUAGCAAAACGGAGACUGGUGAUUGGAUGCCUGGGAAUAAGAUGGAUAUAACAAAUCUUGCGACGGUUUUCGCCCCAAAUAUUCUCCACUGCGUGAAACCUGGUCAAGCUCGCUCUGAAGUAUCAGCAGAGAGAGCGGAAGAGAGGAUAGAUGUGAUAAACGUGAUGCGGGCCUUAUUGGAAAAUUCAUCGUGUCUCUUCACACUUCCAGCUGCACUUCUCGAUGAGCUGUACCUGCACAUGAUGGACACUGACCCAGCAGAUCUCGACCUGGCGCUGUCCCGUCGGGCUGAAGAGCAAUGUCCGGAGGAAAUUGAUCCAUGCAGUGAAGCUGAGACAUUCUCACUAGAUGAGACAUCAAUACCUCCUGCACAAACAGCUAAGAAAAUCUGGUCGAGGGAGGAAUGCCUACACCAGAUGGCUGGAGUGGGUGGGGAGAUUGGACCCAAGCCGAGGCGUCCAAAGAGGCCGGCAACAAGACGAAAAGAGGAAGGGCGGAGCAGCAGCAUUGACAGUGGUUCGAGUGAAGAUCCUCUUGAUCCAAGAAGAAGAUCUUCCCCGAUGGUCAUAACUGCAUCCCUCACCAUACCCAUGUCAGGUGCUUUCACUCUCAAUCUGGAUGAUCCUGACAUCCCCUAUAUUGAGGAGCAGACCAAGCAACCAUCGGCGCCCCCACGAAGACAGAGACAGCGUUCGAUAUCUGGAUGCAGUGAAGGAGGUCGACAUGGAAGUGACAGUGCGGUGGGAUCGUCAGUGACCCUCUCCGGCGAUCAACCCCAAAGUUCUCCACCCUCUUGGGCGUCGUCUCCUCCAGCGAGUCCCGACAGUGCUGUGACCGCGGUUUCUUACAUCCCAGAUCAACAGGCGGUUUUGCAAAGGGUAUCAUUUACGACAUCCAGUGAAGUUCGUCAAAUCGCCAGAUUUAUGAGUCAAGAGGCUUCAAAAGUUUCAACAAUACCAGCACACACACCGAGCAUUACUAGCAUUGGUGGAGCCGUUUUGAGGUCAAAAACCGCUGACAUUGAGAGGAUGCUGCACAAUGCAAGACCUGAGAGUACAGCUUCGAUCCAGCCAAAGGGCACCAGUUCCACCUCAACAUCAAAUGACAAUAAGAAGUAUACGAAGAGAAGAUAUACAGACUCGAGGCAUCAAACACGACAUAUACCUGACGCUGAGAGUCUUGUCGGGAGACCUUCAUCGGCAGCCACUAAUUCUCAAAGCUCUACUACAAAUACGACGUCAAUUCAACGAGCAAGUAGUGGUGGAACAACGGCACCUGUAUGGAAACGUCGAGAAUUAAUCUCCUCGGCACCCAAAGAACGACAAAUAUUUUAAGGAUGAUUUCAUCCAGAGAAAAGUUAUUCAUAUGAUCUCGUCGUCGUGUUCGACGUACUCUACCAUGUUUUGUUCAAGUGUUGAUGAAGAAGUCGAAUAUAGAAUGAAAAACUAUUUCUAUGAUUUUUACGAUUUCCUCGGUUUUUUUUUACUAUUCGGCGUCCCUGUCUCCUCCAGGUGAGGAAACUCGAGUGAUCGUCGUGUUACAGAAGUACAUUAUCGAUUUGUUAAGUUUUUAACAUGUAAAUUUAAAUGAAUAAAUGAUUAAUUUUUCUACAAAUUCUA